GUUUUAAUGGCGUCCUGGUUCUUCAGUGCCGUUGCCACCCUUGCUCUGUAGGACUGCCUUUCACGGUUUUGGAGAAUUGAUUUCCAGGCAUGAAAAACUUUUAUCCUGAAUCAUUGUAAGCUAAAAGUGCCAAGAUCGACGGGCCUUUGGGAUACACGAUGGAGACUGAACGGAGCUUGAGGUUUGAAAAGGCGUACGAUGCCAUGGGGGUAUUGGGAAUUAGCCCAAAAGCAGUAAAACCUGUUCUCGGCUGGUUGUUGAAGUUGUAUAAGGGAAAUUGGGAGCAUAUUGAAGAGGACAAUUAUCGUACACUUGCUGACGCCAUAUUUGAGCAUGCCGAUGAUAAGGAAUCGGCUGAGAAAAGAAAUGAAGCAGCCCAUGAGAAUGCGGAACCUGCACUCAAGAAACAAAAGCAGGAACUUUCGAAGAAUGAGGCUUUGUCUUCUCAGGAAAAAGAUCGAAAUGUUGAAGAUGCAAGCGAAGGUAGGGUCCCAAAACCCCCUAGUGGAACAACGAUGGCAGCGUCGACUAAAGUUCCAACACAAGGACGUACUCGCAGAUUCACUAGUGUGCAGACUGGGAGCAAAUACAAGAAUACCAUUCAAAAAAAAUUGGCUCCUGAUGACAGACAAUCAUUGCCUCGGCCGCCGUCAGGUGGACUUCAUACCAAUCGCGAAACUAGAAAUCAAGAACCUAACAAUCCUGGUUUAGUUCCAAAGUUGAACAGAGAACCAAUUGAUAAUGAAGAUAAAAGAACAGUUCUAAGGGAAAAUCAGCCAUCUGCUUGCCCUCCUAUGCAUAUUCAACCAGAGCGAAAUGUCGAAAAUUCAAAAGAAGGGAGAAUUCCGAAAACCUCUAGUGGAAAAAGGAUGGUGGAGUCAUCUUUAGUUUCAAGGGAUCAGGCACGUGAACCCCAUCGAAGAGCCAGUCAUGUGCAGACCAGGAGCAAACAGAAGGAUCCUGCUCAAACAAAUUCUGCUCCUGAUGAGCAAAAAUCGUCUCCUCGUCCACUAUCAAGCGCAGGUCGUACCGGUCGUGAGCCUAACAAUCCUGGUUUAGCUCCAAAGAUAAAAAGAACAGCAGUUGAUGAUGAAGAUACAAUAGUGCUAAGGGAAAAGCAGCUGCGUAUUCAAUCAGAGCGAAAUGUUGAAAAUUCAAAAGAGGGCGGAGUUCCCAAAGCCUCUCGUGGAACAAGGACGGUAGAGCCGUCUUCAGUUUCAAGGGAUCCGGCACGCGAACCCCAUCGAAGACUCAGUCACGUGCAGAAUGGAAGCAAAAACAAGGAUCUUGUUCAAACAGCUUCUGCUGCUGAUGAGAAAAAAUCAUUUCAUCGAUCAUCAUCAAGUGCACUUCGUGCCAAUAGUGAACCUAUUGAUUCUGGUUUAGUUCCAAAGAUGAAAAGAAAGACAGUUGAUGAUGAAGCUACAAAAUCAAUAGUGCAAAAGAAAAAACAGCUCUCUGAUUAUCCGGCUCCACAAAUUCAACUAGAGAAAAAUGUAGAAGAUUCGAGAGAGGGUAGAGUUCCAAAAACCAGCAGUGGAAAAACAAUGGUAGAUUCAUCUUCAGUUUCAAAGGAUCUGGCACGUGAAACCCAUCGAAGAUUCAGCCAUGUGCAGAGUGGGAGCAAACACAGGGAUCACAGUCAGACAAAUACUGCUCGUGAUGAGGAAAAGUCAUUUCCUUCUCCAUCAUCAAUUGCAACUCAUAAUCGUGAAUCUAACGAUCCUCGUUUAGGUCCAAAGAUGAAAAGAAAGGCAGUUGACAAUGAAGAUACAAGUACAAAAACACUGAGGAAAAGGCAGCCCUCUGAUAACCCUGAUCCAAACAUUCAACCAGGUUCAAUCAAUUCUGUGCAGCAGUUAGGCGUGCACAAUAAGGAAAAUGGUUCUGUCUUGGGACACAAUAGUCAAACUACAUUUGAUAUAGCUUCAUCUGCUAAUGGACAUGUGAAGGUUUCCUUAACAUGUAUCAAUGCACAACAGCACAAUACUCCAUUUCUAAGAACAGACGAAGUCCUCAGGUUUGCAGAGGUCCAUAGCCAGAGAUUUUAUGUAAACUUGGGAGCACAAUUUUCUCUUGUUAACUUUUUGAAUGGAUUGUGUGAUGGAGUUUUGGAUAAUAUUAACGAAAGAUCACCCAUGAGAAUAUCGCCUAGGGAUUAUACCAAUCAAUCCUCAGGAUCUAGAGAAAAUGCUGGAAAAGAUCAUCCUGAAUGUCGUGAACUGUCUUCUGAGUCUUUGGAUUCAUCUAGAGAGAGACAUUUGGGUCAGAGUAAAAAGAAACAGACAUUCCAUAAAAUGAGGGACAUAACCAAAGGCUCGGAAAAGGUGAAGAUUUCUCUAUUAGAUGAGGUAGGCACAGAGCCGCUGCCUCGUUUCGCCUACUGUCCAGUAAACGUCCCUUAUGAAUCUGCAUUUGUACAUGUAUCAUUAGCCCGUAUCUCAAAUGAGGACUACUGCCGAAGAUGCAAAGGAAACUGUGUUUUAAACUCCAUACCGUGCGCAUGCGCUCGUGACACCGGCGGGGAAUAUGCUUAUACCUCAGAGGGUCUGCUAACUGAGAAGUUUCUUGAAUCCUGCAUUACUAUGAAAAUUGAACCGCGAGAUGAAGACCUAUUCUAUUGUCAGGAAUGUCCUUUGGAAAGAGCCAAAAAUGACAGCUCGACUGAGAAAUGCAAGGGACAUCUGUUGAGGAAGUUCAUAAAGGAAUGUUGGGUGAAAUGCAGUUGCAACAUGCAGUGUGGAAAUCGAGUUGUUCAGCGAGGUAUAUCAAGGAGAUUAGAGGUUUUCUUAUACGAAGGAAAAGGCUGGGGUUUACGUACACUAGAAGAGUUACCUAAAGGAGCUUUUGUUUGUGAAUAUGUUGGAGAGAUCUUGACCAACACAGAGCUGUUUGAAAGAAACAAGAAAAAUGCUGGUAACGGGAAACAUGUAUAUCCUGUGCUACUCGAUGCAGACUGGGGUACAGAAGGUGUUUUAAAAGAUGAAGAAGCCCUCUGUUUGGAUGCAACGUACUAUGGAAAUGUCGCUAGAUUUAUAAAUCACCGAUGCUUUGAUGGAAAUAUCAUUGAUAUCCCAGUACAGGUGGAGACUCCUGAUCGGCAUUGUUAUCAUAUUGCUUUCUUCACUAACAGGAAAGUGGAAGCUCUAGAAGAACUUACAUGGGAUUAUGGUAUUGAUUUUGACGACGAAAGCCAUCCCAUCAAAGCAUUCCGGUGCCGCUGUGGCAGUCCAUUUUGCAGAGAUACUAAUCGCCAGUCCUAGUUAGGUGCUCGAAACUUGAUGCAGAUAUUAAAAAAAAAGUUCUGUAGGGAAUAGUUUCAGACUAGGCGCAAGGAAUACUCAAAGGGAAGUUCCGGAAACAUCUAAAUGUCAAGGUAUUUUGUGCAAAGAGGAUUUUUUUUCCGUGGUUUUGUGGGAUGUAGUGACAAAUUAAGUAGUUGACAUUUCAAGUAAGCGCGGUGAGUUCGCACCGUAUGAUUUAACUUCAUUUGAGUUUGAUGAAAGCUCGUCUUACAAACUAAAUAAGUCGAGUUAAAACAAAGAUAUUUGCUUGGUAAGUUUGCGGAUGAGUUCGACCUUU